CAAUCCACCAUUUUAAACUGCAGAUAAUGCUGGUUGUGCCAGUUGUAUCGACCACUGAUGCGAAUAUGCCACUGCUCUCAUUGGCAGAUGCAUUAGUGAUUCCACAGAAUGCAAGAGUGUUUUUUGUAUACAACGAUCUAGUGCAUCUUGAUGCCAGUCUUUUGCCAGUAUCGAGUAACCAACUCAUUGGCCAGUCGUUUACUGCUCGAUUGUGCUGGCCAGAUGCUACUGCAAUCAAACCACAACAAGAGCAAACCAAGAUCCAUAGAGUCGGCAGUGUUUCUGAUUUAGAAAGUAUUGUAGUAUCUGGCACUAUCUAUCAGCUCGCAUCCUCAGCAGUGAAUGGAGCCGAUGCUGUUCCUACUGUCUGGCUUGCAGUGCAUACUUGUCUCACAAGUUGUGCUCAACUAUUAGCCUUGUCACUCUCCGUGUCUGAACUACUCAAAAAAAGCAAGGCUCACUCUUUGCAUGUAUUCACUGUUGUGCAGUACAAAACCGCCAAAGAUGCUGUUCAUGUUCUUGAGAUGAAUGGCAUAGACGAUGCGGUUUCUUUAGAACAAAGUGGGACUCGAUUGGACUGUCCGCUCUUGGUUCGAGAUGCAUUCAUAAACUCAAUGGUGGAGCUUGUUCGACUGUACAAAAUUCCAUCACGGUUCAUGAUAUGGCCAGCAACCAUGUGUAUGGUGAAUAGCAAGCAGGCUGUAUCCGCACUUUCACAAGAGAUCAGUCGUGUAUAUGACAUUCCAACCACUACAACUGCAACUGAAACUACAGCCAACAGUGAUCCAAUGACAGUUUCUGGUCAUCAGAUCAUACACUCUGCAAUGCCGUUACUAUAUCCAAACCGUGACUCUGAAUCGAUAUAUUUGUGA